AUGGAUUGGAAUCGUGCUUCCGCUUCGUCCUUGGUUGAGUUUGAUUUCUCGGAGUUACCCUCCGGGCAGUCUGUGUAUCGAGUACAGUACGGCUGUGAGUUGCGUGUACGACUGAGUGGUGACGGCAGCGGAGUGGAGGUAACCGGUGGCGACGGAUCCGUUUUGAAGGUUGGCGUUGAAGAGUCUUUCCUAUUCGACCGGUGUUGCAAGGUUGUGUUGAACAGAACGGGACCGACACGGGUGGUGGAGACCCGAGGGGAUGGAACUGAGUUACGAUCCGUGUCGUUGAUUGUCGAGGCCAAGCUGGGAGGGUGUUUGGUCGUUGAGGACACGAGUGUGUGCAGUGUCAUUUCUCAAAGACUGGGCACCGUGGACCGGUGGGAGGAUGUCCUGAGAGUCGUGAGUCGUCAGGGAUUUAACGGUAUCCAUUUUACACCUGUUCAAGUCGUAGGGGAGUCAAAGUCUAGUUAUAGUAUUGCUGACCACUUGACCGUCUCCGACCAAAUCGCGUGUAACUGGGCCGAACUGGAUGGUAGGAUACAAUGGCUGAAAAACGAUUACGGGAUCUACUCCCUCACUGACAUUGUCUUGAAUCACAUGGCCAACAACGCGCCCUUCCUGAGAGCGCACCCGGAAGCUGGCUACAAUCAAGUGAAUGCACCAUGGCUCAAAGCAGCAAUUGAAUUGGACAUUUUAUUGAGACAGUUUACUAAGGAUAUUGUCGACGACCGCAUCGGCAUUUCGCGGUACGUUAACAACGAAAGCGACAUCGACAAGAUUUGUCAGUGUUUCGAAGAUCGGUAUUUUAAUCGUCAAUUCAACCUGAGGGAGUGGCUUACGAUCGAUGUCGAGCAGACGAUCUCCUGCUUCAGAGACUCUGGUCACGAUGCGGCUGCGGGCACCCCCGGGACCCGUAGCUUGAAGGAGGCCGUUUAUGAGUCGGUCGGAGAGUCCCGUAAUUUCGUGAUUCCGAGUUCGGUGACUCGUAGAUACGCUAAGAGUGAGCGUGAAGCGCGAGAGCAAAUAGCGUAUGUUCAACAGGCUUUGUGGAGCGAAGGCGUGGUGAUAAAGAACAGCAUCAUGGACUCAAUGCGGGGUACCCUGCGUUACGAGCGUUUGCAGUUGCGGAAGGGGCCCAUAGAGUAUACGCCGUGGAAUUCGGUGGUGCCUUGGUACUUUACGCCGGUAGAAGCGGAGGAUGGGCAGACGUAUUAUCUGGCGCAUAACGGCUGGGUCAUGGGCUGGGGUGGGCCCAAGGGUUUCAUUGAGCGCGGCAGUACAGUUUAUUUGCGUCGGUCGUUGAUUGCAUGGAGCGACUGUGUGAAGCUUAACUAUGGUACGCCGGAACAGGAAGAGCCCGAACACUCACCCGCCCUGUGGGAGUUGAUGCGCCAAUAUGCGGAGCUCAGUGCUACCCACUUCCAUGGAUUCCGGCUUGACAACUGCCACACGACGCCUCUGGCGGUGGCCAAAUACGUGUUGCAAGCGGCGCGCAGAGUGCGACCGGAGUUGUUCGUCUUUGCCGAGCUCUUCACGGGCAGCGAGAAGGCGGAUAUUAGGUUCGAACAAGAGCUGGGCAUCGACUGUCUUGUUAGAGAAGCGAUACAAACCACGUCUCCCGGCGACCAGGCCUGGCAUGCCGUUAAGUACGCGCGGUGCCAACCAUUCGGCUCGCUAGACAACCACUUGGUCAAGCUGGGCGCGUCCGGCAGACUCGGAGACGCCACCACACUCGCUAAGAACUACGACGCCGCCCCGACCCCCCAGAGUUACCGCGCUGCCAACAUGUUCUAUGACUGCACGCACGAUAACGAAACGUGCACGCAAAAGAACCGACCCCUGGACACGCUCGCGUGUGCAGCAAUCGUAUGCGCUUCCGGCUGCUCCGUGGGCUCCACCUUCGGCUACGAAAUGAACGUCAAGACUAACCCCUCCGUGAUCGCAGACGGCGUGCUCUACGGCACCGACUACCCCGUAUACCACGAGAGCGCGCCGCAGAAACCCAAAACGGACGAGGAAAGCAGGCGCUCGAUCCAGCAGCUGUUACGACCGUCUGCUGAGGGCAACCUGGUCGUUUGCUACGACGGCUUUGCCAACAGGAGUGUCGUGUUGAUGGGUGCGUUUAAUUCUUGGUCGGAAGGUCUGCCGAUGGCGAAGGUCUCUGCGGCGUGCGGCACGGUUAUAUGGACUGUUGAGUUGCCGCGGCCGGCCGACGGAACGGCCAAGUUCGUCGUGGACGGUGCGUGGAGGUGUUCGGAGGGUUAUCCGAAGGUGUACGACAACCAUGGCAACGAGAACAACAACAUUUGCGACGAUCGGAAGUUAUUUUCGGCCGGAAAGUUGGCGCAGGGGGGUGCUGGUUUGCCUGGUGGUCUGGAGGUCGACGGUUCGAGUCCGAGAGACUCGAACUGGUUGGCGAGGUCGUGCGGCGUCAUUGAGGGUCGGCGAGUGUUGAACAAGUUGCACUCGAAACUGAGCAGUUUCACGGAGAUCGAGAUUCAGCACAUGGGCGAGGACAUGGCGUGCAUUUCGCGUUACAACCCAGCGUCCGGCGAGGCUUACCACUUCUUCGUGCGCUCGGCCUGGUGGAUGGGUCGCGAUCAGCCGGACAGCGACUACUGCGCGGUCAAGGGAAAAGUGGUGGGCGAGCCACUGCUGUGUGCGGCAAUGGACGCAAGCAAGUUGCAAGACGGCGCUGGCGCAGGUGUGGUAACGGGUUUAGGCAGUAGAUGUGGGACGUUGCGCGAGGUGCACCCGCCGCGUCGGUCGUACGACGCAACGCGGGACGUGACGCACGUGAACUUCAGUUUCUACCCCCCAGGCAGCGUGUGCGUUUUGUAUGCGAAGUUGGCUCGGGCAGAUUCGGAAGUCGUGGCGGCUAUGGAGGAGCUGGAUGGCGUGAUGGAAAGUCUAAGUCUGUCGGACGUGAACUACCUGAUGUGGUCUUGUGACCCCGAGGAACGCGACCGAUCUGCCGGCGCAGCGGGUGUUUACAUGUUCCCGGACACUCGCGCGUGUGUCUAUGCCGGCGUCAUGGGCGCAGUGGACGCACUGGCGGAGGCGCGGCGCGCGCGGGCGAGCGAGUGCGGCAGUUGCGGGAUUUAUCGGAAUGUGCGUGAAGGCGACUGGCUGUUAGACUACCACGCCUCACGCGUGUGUCGUCGAUUCGGGGAGCAGCCGCUGGGCCGCUGGUGGGCACGGGUGACGGCGGCGGUGAAGCACACCCGGCAGCCGGCGACGAAGACGCACGCGGUCGAAGUUCUCUUCGGCGAAGUGCACAGGCGCUGCGUGCGGCGCGUGUUGAACGCGUUGCGUGCAGGAAAGUUACGUCGUGCGCCGCUGGGUGCCGCCCUUGCGGUGGCCGCCACGCAGGUCGUGGGCGAGGUCCCGAGCGCUUGUCUCGACGCAACAAACCGGCACGUCGUACCCUAUAGCACUUCGGCCGGGCUGCCCUUCUUCACAACCGAGUAUAUGCGGGAAUGGGGUCGCGACACACUACUUAGUGUAGCUGGUCUGAGCGAGGCGUUGCAGCGCUGGGACGUCUACCGUACGACGUUGCUGGCUUAUGCGCGGGUGCUACGUCAUGGUAUGAUCCCGAACCUGCUCGAUUCGAGCACGAAUCCGCGAUACAACGCGCGCGACGCCGUGCACUUCUGGCUUUGCGCGUUACAGCGGUUCUUCUACGCAGCGCCCGAGGGCUCGCGUAUCCUCGACGAGCCGGUUGCGCUCAAAUACCACCAUUCACUAACAUACGAGCUGCCAUUUGCCACGCGAACGGUCAAGGACUGCGUGCGAUACGUGCUCUAUGCCCACUACCACGGCAUUGCCUUCCGUGAGUGGAAUGCCGGUGAACGUAUUGACUCGCAGAUGACCGACUCUGGCUUUGAUGUCAAAGUAUACAGAGAUCCAGAGACAGGCUUCUGCCUCGGCGGAAAUCGCUGGAACUGCGGCACAUGGAUGGAUAAGAUGGGGUCCUCAGCCAAGGCCGGAAACAAAGGUCACCCGUCCAGCCCCCGGGAUGGCGCUCCUGUGGAGCUUACCUUGGCUCUGUACCACACGCUCUGUUGGGUGUCCGACAUAGCCACCCAGCUCGGUCUUAGUGAGGAAGAACAGCGCCAGUACAAUGAGUGGAAGGACCAGAUCCGGAAUAACUUCGCCAAGUGCUAUGUUGUGACCACAGAGGACGCAGUACGAUUCCCCGGUAUCGCUGUCGAAGGUGCCUUGAAAGACGUCUACGGCGGUGAACAAGCGGACGAAGACUUCUUCCUAAGGUGCAACUACAGCGUCGGACUCGCUCUAUGUCCCAGGACCGAAAUACUGCCACCCGGGGUAGCCAAGAAAGCGCUAGAAGUCGCCCUGGAGCGUCUGGUCGACGAACCCGAUCAGGUUGGCAUGAAAACUCUCAACAAAGACAACUACCGGUUCCGCGCGAACUAUGACAACGCCAAUGACACUGAUGAUAAGAACGUUGCACACGGCUGGAACUACCAUCAGGGACCCGAGUGGGUCUGGCCCUACGGUUGCUGGUUCGAAGCCUACUGGACACACGCCGACGGACUCAGUAGCCAAGAGAAGGGAGCGGCCAUCAGACGGCUCACGCCCGUCGCCAGAAAAGUCCGGUCCGGACCUUGGUACAGUCUGCCGGAAGUCACAGACCGAAAUGGCGGAGUCUGCCAAUUCGGCUGCCAAGCCCAGGCCUGGAGCAUUGCCACCUUCCUCAGCUUCUUCAACCGCGUUCUGUAUCAGGAAGAACAAGCUGCCGCGCAAGCUGCAGCUGCCGCCGCAAAUGUGCCAGUUGCUGAUAAUGUAUCUGCGGCCAAAGACUCGACCAAGCAAGAAGUAUUAGUUGCUAAGAGAGUGAUGGUUGCUGAAGGAGCUGAGGGAGUGCCGACGGUGACAACGAAUGGAGUGCCAGCAGGUGCUGUGGAUAAGUCGCAGGACACGGUGGUGAAUCAUGAAAAGGUCGAUACCGAGAAUGUGCAACCUGAGCAAGAUGGGGCUAUUCCCUGUACGUCAGGAGCCGCUGGUCUUGCCGUCCCCGGAGAGCCGGUGGGCGGUGAUAUGCCUCUCAAGAAGCAAACCUCCGAAGCAAGCUCACCAGUGAUCAAUGCUGCGGAUUUCAUCAGCGACAGCUCUUCGAGAAAGGACUCGGAAUCAUCCGGUAACUACGCGCAAGUUGAAGAGGUGCCAAUUGACGGGCCUAAUUCGCAAGUCAAUCCAGUUGACAUCUCACAAGUGAGCCAGAACAAUGAUGACAAAACAAUUUCUGCCAGAACUGCAGGUGAAUCUUAUCAGGAUCUAGACGAGGACGACAUUUUUGAGGACGCGGAGAACUCAUCAAUGGAAGGAAACAAGUCCACGGAUCUGCAGAACGUGGACACGGCUCCGUUCUCGGCUUGUUAG